CUAGGUCGUGGUCUCAUUGUUGCUCCCGAGGCUUCAGCAUUCAUGAUGAACUUACUUCAGAUUGUGCGUGACCACUGGGUACAUAUACUUGUCCCUGUGGGAUUUGUCGUUGGAUGUUACCUAGACGGAAAGAACGAUGAAAAGCUAAUUGCCUUCCGGAAUAAGAGUCUGUUAUAUAAAAGGGACUCAAGACCCAGUGAAGAAGUCACCUGGAAGUAAAGGCUGCUGCUGAAUUACAGAAUGGUCACAGUUUUUAAAUUAUAAGAGAAAUAAAA